AUGGGGAGAGUGUUAUAUUUUGGGAAGCCGUGCACGAGGUGUCAUAAUGAAUGUAAACACUCUCAAGUGUGUCACUGCUGUCCAUGGUGUUGUGAACAAUGUAAUAAAGGUUGGGAGAGUUGCGAAAUAUGUUACGCGUAUUCCGAACUGCGCAGAAAAGGUAGAAGCAAGGAUCCUUACAAGUGCGAAGAUUCAAAAUGUGAAAAAAAAUGUGCAGGCAAGGUGGACAAAUGUAAAUGUACAUGCUGUCAACGGAAAUGUAAAGAGCAGGCUGAAAUCUGCAAAGCCCCUGCGCUUCCCCCUCCACAGCCUUCCUCUGCUUCCUCCGAUGAUCAGUCUCAAGCCGCCAAACUAGAGCUUUCCCCCCGUGACAAAGAUCAGACUCAAGAUCACGAUUCUCCACCACAUUCCCCCCCUUCCCCCCAAGCCAUCGCCGCCGUCAUCGUUGCCAUCAUCGUCGCCAUCAUCCUGCUCGACCUGUGCAUCUUCCGCUUUCCCGUAGGCCGCAACAUCCGCGAUUUCCUCGUACGCAAGAUACCCUUCUGCAUCGCGUUCUACAGCUGA